CUACUUAAAGAAGGAAAACAAACGAUUUGAAACUGAUAAACUUCCAAAACUGCGAACAAAGAUCCUGCUUGGUUGUAAGUUGUACCUCACAGGAGACCCCAUCAGCCAAAUAUGAGAACUGAAUGGUGAGGUUUCUCUCACAUGGUAUGAAGUACGCCAUCGAGCUCAAGAUAACACUACUUUGGUUACUAUGGCUGCAGUCUCCGAUAAAAUGUGAACCCAUACCAUGUCCUCUGUCAAAAAACAUUGUACGGUAUAGUCCCAAUGGUGAAAUAGUGGACUGUGUUCCUUGUGCCAACUGUCCCAUUGGACAGGGAUUGUCAGUUCCUUGUGGAUCCAAGGUGUCAAAUGACUCAAAAAUUGAGUGUGUAUUUUGUGAACCUAACAAAACUUACUCAGAUAAGCAUGGAAAAGGACACUGCAAAAUGUGUCAAGAUUGUGGUUUGAGGAAUGUGAUUCAGGAAUGCACAGUUAACCACAACCGAGAGUGUGGGAAAACAUGUCCUAAAGGAUAUGAAUUUGAUAUUAACAUUGAUGACUGUGUGGAAGUGGAAUCAAUGAUUCGCACAACUACUUCAACACAUUCUACAAAAACUGUUAAAUUGGAAACCAAUCGCAAAGAGACAACUGAAACACAAUCUAAAACGAAAGCCUAUGAUGUUACCACCACUGCCUCAAGUCCUUCAGUCAAAGUCAAGAUAAACAGCAGUCGGCCACUAACAGGAAAUUAUGACUCUGCAAAUGUGUCACCAACAAACAAAGUUCAGCCUGGACAGGACCACAAAGCAAUUUUAACAAUUAACUAUGUUUUGAUAGCUUUAGUCAUUGUGUUUGCUCCAACUAUCUUAGUGCUUGUGAUAGUGAUUUUCUACAAGAAAAGGCAAGAUCACAGUACUCCAAGAGAUGAAGAGUCAACAGAUAAUGCAGAAGAAAUUACUCCACUGACUGAUACUGGUGAAAGUGACGGUUCAUCGCAGGCCACAGUCAGUAGCUCUUCAACACAAGAGGAUUUGCGUGAUUCUGCUUCUCAAGACAACGCAACAGAACCACUUUUAACACAGACAUUGGUGGACAUUCCUACAGAUAACAACAUAUCAAUUAGAAAUGAGGUGUCAUCUCAUGCCAGUGAUGCUCAAGGCGAGGAUGAUGUGACUGUAGAAAAUAUUCCUGCAGACAUUCAUGUCUCUCAGAUGGAAAUGUUAGGUGAUGUGAAAGGCACCUUGUUCAUGUAUGUUCAAACACAACUUGAUGCCGGCGAGACCUGCACCCGCAAAACAUGGCGCAGUGUUGGAAGAGAGCUGAAGGUUCACUCUGAUAAGUUAAACUUGAUACAAGCUGAUGGAAGAAGUCCUACCGAAUGUCUACUUGAAUAUUUUAAAACUUUAGCAAAGGAGCCUACAAUGAGGGAAUUUGUUCAAGCCCUCAAAAAUUGUGGAAGAAAUGACAUUGCAAGAUACAUCUGCAAUUGGCCAUGGGCCAAUUGAGGAAGAAAGGAAAGAAUACAGUAUAUGUGCCUCAAAUAGUAUUUUAAAUGAUAAUUAAUUUAAUUUGUACAGUCACGAACCUCUCUCCUUCAACAGCAUCAGAACCAAAAUAUUCCAAACAAAAUUCUCAGAGAGAACAAGACAAGGGAAAGUGAGAACAAUUCUGAGAAUUUGAAGGAAGCUUAAGACAUGGGUACAUUAUGCAUCAAGAGCAGUGAGACAAAAUGGUAGUCCCUUCUGGGACAAGACCAUCUUUACAAAAUAAACCCAGACAGGAUCAACAAGUUGAGUGAUAACAAAUACUAUUAGACAUAGUGUGGUCGCCAUAAGCCUUGUAUCCCAAGUACAACGAUAAAGUUCCCUACGAAAGUUUCUAGCUGCUUGAGGCUAAGCGCACUAGCUAUAGUUGGCUACCACAAUGCUUAUAAAAUUAAUACAUAAAUGUACACUGCACUUACAUACAACAGACAGAUAGAUUAAUUGAUUGACAGAUAAAAAAAUAAAUAGACAGACAGAUUGCUAGAUAAAUAGGUCAAAAGAUAGAUAGAUAGAUAGAUAGAUAGAUAGAUAGAUAGAUAGAUAGAUAGAUAGAUAGAUUAAUAGAUAGAUUUAUUUUGCCAGAAAAUAUUUUCAAUAUUUAUAAUUGAAUAUAUACAAUUUUGUUUUUCUGACAAGGCAACUUAUUUGCAAACCAUGGGGCUUAUGACUAUGAGCUGCCCUAAAAAUACAUUAAUCACGUGUGGAAUUACUAGUGGAACAUAGAACACAAUUAAUCUUUAUUUUGAUCAUUGUUAAGUUCGACUUACAGCACAAACAAUUCAAUUUGUUCUUUGAAAUUCCAACAAGGAUUGUACAAUAAUUAUCAAUCUAAUUAAUGUAUUUAAAGUACAAUUUUUUCUGACAAUGUGCUUCGCAAAAAAAAAUGUUUUCUCUUACUCAACCAAAAUAAGAGAAAAUUACAACCAAAAAGUGCAAGGUUCAAGAUUAUUUCUUAGUAUUGUACUGACUGUGCAUUUACACUGCCAUAAAAUGGUAACUUUCCACUCUCUGGUGAUCCAAAGUUCCCCUGGGAGCAAUAUCUUCAACAGGAAGUGCAUUUACCUAAUUAUGAUUCAUGCUCCAUAUGUCUUGAAAUCAAGGAAUAAUUUGCUUCUCAAAUUUUGGUUCUUAUACUUUGGUAAGAAGAUAAAAUGACAACCUUUGAAAAUUGUCCUGCUGCUCCCAAGAGAGUAAAAUGGCAACAUUUAAGGUUUCUGAGAUAAUCUACCAAAGAUAACAUUUGACCAAAGUCAAUGUGCACAUUCAAUUUCAUACGAAUGACCUUUAAAGGUUCAUAGGACAAUUGGAAGCAUACUCAUUUUGAGUUCCAACUUGAAAAUCCUCCAACGGAUGUAAAACUACAGUAAAGCAAAAAAAAAAAAAAUAACAAACAACAAACAAAAAAACCCAUAUACAAUGCAUGCACAGUACAAUAUGAAUUUCUGUGCCCAGAAGAAUAAUAUUUUUGAUAAAAUAUUGAUGUUUUGAGAUACAUGUAAUUCUCUAUGCAGGAAGUUAUUGUACACACUUUGUGAAUGCCAGUUUAACUUCAAACACAAGUAUGUAAUAGCUUAACAUAGCUAUUGCAGCAUAAGUAUAACUAUACUUAACGAGAUGUUAAUGGGGUAAAUUAAAAAGCAUCUUGAAGUUUAUGACACAGAUUGUGAAAUUUGCAGUUUUUACACAGCCUCCACUAAGGAUGGAGUAAUGGCAGCAAAUUCAGUGUUCAUAUGGGUUAACAAAAUAUUUGCCAGUUGCUGUGGCAACAAUAGAAAUGAGAUCAUGACGUGACAUGGUUUACUAAAUUGGUCAGGACAGACUAGAACUGCAUGACCUACCCAAGUUAAACAUGCAUAUUUUUAAAGAAUACAAUACAUGUAUCUCAAACAGUAUUUUUGAAUGAUAUAUUAAUUUUGUUCAGUCGUGAACCUUUCUCCCUCAGGGUGUUUUCGUGUCUUGUCCUGCAUUUGGGUUUUCAGCAAGCUAAGAAGAUUUUUCCAGUAAACAGCAAGCACAGUCAUUCAUUAAACUCUUAAUUAAGAUGACUUAUGUGUAUGAUAAAACUACUGGUAUUUUUUUAUACGUAUGGUAUAGAUAAUUUAAUUGAUACGUAACUAUUGGCUUAAGAUUAAGAACUACACAUUAGAGAUGACGUGUUCAGGUUAACUUUAGGCAUUAAGAGCUAUCUUUCUGAUUUAAUUGAUAAGUGUGAAUAAGAGGUGGUUAUUAAUGAGAAUUUCUGACCUCUAUUUUUACUUAAAAUGUACUUUAUUGGGGAUUUGUAUCAUGCAAUCUUCUUUGUUUUAUUGUUUAAAUGCUUACUUGAAAAUCACUCUUAAAUUUAAUAAGCUAUUGGAUAAUAAUUUCA